AAAAAUAAGACAAUUUAUUUUCAGUUCCCAAACUGUAGUCAAGUUAAAAAUUAUAUUCGCAAACCAUGGGCUGGUGUUACCAGAGCCUAAUUUCACAUCACAAAACAGAAUCACUGACCACCAACAAGACAAGAUACUGGUCUGUACAAAACUAUACAAAGUCAAAUCUAGUACACAGAGAAUGAAUGACUUCAGAAUCAAGUCCACCGCUUGGAACUUGCUGAACCACCUUGCUAAACCUGACUACUCAAGUGCAGGACAUAUCAGUCUGGUGAAGAGACAUGAUGUAAGACAGGGUUUCCCAAAC